GACCGGAACUUCGUUUAUGGAAAACUCGGACAAAUCCAGUACUCGUGUCUCUUUCCACAAGUGGUUCCCAUAACGUUCAAUACCGGCGAGUCUUACAUCAAAGUCGAAGGAUUUAUGGUUCCCUUUAUGAACACCAGUUUCGACUUUCGCACCUUCAAUGAGGACGGCCUACUCCUGUACCACAAGUUCUCGAGCGCCGGCUUUGUGCAGCUAUUCCUAGAAAAGGGCAAAAUAGUGAUCAAAUUCCAGGGCUCCAACACACCGGUCGUCCAAUUGGAACCGUUCGACCAGAAACUGAACGACGGUUUAUGGCAUUCCGUGGUUCUGGUGCUCCAGACCAACCGAAUCAUACUGUCCGUCGAUCACAUCCCCAGCAUUACCACCCGUUCCUUCGAGAUGUUUACGGGACAGACGUAUCUCAUCGGCGGUGGCUAUCACGGAAUGGUCGGCUUUAUUGGUUGCAUGCGCUGGAUAUACGUUGAGGGCCGGUAUGUAAAUGUGGAGACACUGCCGCCCGAAAAGGUCGUCAAAAUACAGGACAACGACAUAACGAUCAAAGCGUGUCAGAUGAUAGACCGGUGUCACCCGAACCCCUGCGAACACGGGGGUGUCUGCCGACAGGAUAACAUCGACUUCUACUGUGACUGCGCGCUUACCGGCUAUUUGGGAGGCGUGUGUCACGUGCCCCGACACCCGCUGUCGUGUUCGGCCUAUAAAAUAGAUAAUCCGAAGUCGAGGAAAGCCGAUGUAAUGCUGGACGUGGACGGGAGUGGGCCUAUGGAGCCGUUUUGGGCCACUUGUCUGUUCCCCACCGAAGAUCAGUCGCAGAUCAUUAUCCAUCACCGCAACGAAGAGUCCACAGAAGUGCGUGGAUUUCAUUUGCCCGGCUCUUACAUACAAGAUAUCAAAUAUGACGCACCCUUUGAACAAAUCGUCGAAGUGGUGAACCGAUCCAACUCUUGCUCACAGAAGUUGAAAUAC